CUUGGUUUUGUUCGUUGUAAUAUCUAUAUAUCUCGUUCCUCGGUGGUAUGGGUAUCCAAGACCACCGCUGCAAAGCUCACGCCAAGCCAUCGACGCCUCCUCUGCUGGCCACGCUCACGUCGGCGGCCGCCUCGAAAUCGUAUCGACAUCGAACCCUCACCAACCAAGACCUCGAGCACCUUCGCGCCGACUUGGAAGCCAUUUUGCAAGAGUUUGAGCCAGACAACGCCGAUGCUACUACGGCCACCGACCUCCUCAAACAGUACGAAGGCCUCGAGUUGGAACUAGUCGAGUGCUACCGGUACUUUUACACCAAGGACGGGCGACCACUGCAGCUCGUGGUCGACGCCGUCGAACGCACGGCGCUGUGCACACCUGAGGAUGGUGCUGACAACAACAACAGCCCAGCGAUAGGACGACAUAGCCUCGCCCAAGCCCUGCGGAAGCGCCUAUCGCUCCCUAAACCAGCGAUCGCCACGUACUUGAACGCCAAGUUGAUCGCCAAGUUUCGAAAAUCGCAAGGAAAGCCAUCGGGGUCGAAAAUGGAAGGGAUUCGCGGCCCCGAAGUGCCACCCCCUCCCCCUCCUCCAUCCUCGUCGUCGUCGUCGUCGUCGCAACAACAAUCCCAUCAACGCUUUCGAAUGGCCCAAACGACCAAGGCGAUGGCAACUCUAAUGAAUCGCGUUCGAGGCCACAGUUCCACAACAACUACCACCACGGACAACUCAUUCAAUCCGUACGAAGUCAAGCCACGUCACAGCGACGGAGGUUGUCGACGCAGCGGCGGCGCGGAGGCAGCUUCCUCCAUGUCGUCGCCCAUGGAAGUGCGAUGUCUAGACACGGGCGAGGCCCUGCAUGCAGACCACGUCAACCAGCAAGUGCUUGAGCACAAGACCAAAGAGUUGCCAAGUAAAGGCAAGCUAAGCUUUCGGGACAAAGUGAUUGUGUUUUUGCAAAAGUACGACAUGGCGGCGGUCGAUGGCGUCGACGACUUGCUGGCGUAUGGGGGCAAGACCAACGAAGACAUUUGGGAAGAACUCCAGAUCAAGUACAAAGUGAACCAGCGGUCGAGGUUGGUGCAUUUGUUUCAAAAGUAUGAUCACGACCGCGUCGCCAGCGUCGAUGUCCUGUUGGAAGAUUACGCCGGGGAAGUCGAAGACAUGAUUGCGUACUACAAAGCCAAGUAUGCCGACCAACGCCGCGCCGAUCUCAUUCGAAGUGACCCGUGCACGUGGAACCCAGGCCAGGCGAACACGUACCAGCUGCUCCCUGGCGGCCAGUAGGUGACAUAUCGCGGGGUAGACUGCCUAGUGGAGCUACUGUAGUCGAAAUGAUGUAGUACUACUACUAGUACUACUAGUCUGUAGAAGUCGAGGGCUAACGUAGAGUCGACCUUGGACUGGGAGGCGGCUGGAUGUAUUAUAAUUCGACGAUAACUUUGCAUUGUGUUGCUUUGUCAAUGACCA